AUGGCCCAUGCUGAUUUGAGAGUGAAGCGCGACGGCCCCAAACCACGUAGAGCAUUCCUCUCUGCGUCCCAACAACGACGGUCUUCCGGAUACCCAGCAUCAUGGACAUCUAGAUGGAAACACCGUCAGCAACCUCCGCCAACCCGAGUCCAUUGUGAACAGCAGGACAGCUCACCCGGGCCACUGGUCCUUGUUCGAAGAGAAUCCUCACAAACACUGUUGGAUCCUGAAGAGGAGCCGGAACUAGUCCUUCCAAAGUCCAUCCAAAUCGGCCCAGAAGUUUUGUCUGUGAACCGCUUCUACACAAACUAUGCCGCGCAGGCGAGUAUUUUGAUAUUCAGUCGACUUCCCGAGUACUACGACGUCGAUCUAUCCGAUGCGAGCCACGCACGACACGCCACACACGCUGUGGCUUUAGCGAGUGCAUCUCGAUCUCUCCGUCAAUCAGGGCUCAUGGUCGAAGCUCGGCGACAUUACGGCAAAGCCAUUUCGACUCUAAACCAAGCUCUUCAAGACCCAGUUGCAGUGCGAGACGAUGCCAACCUCGUCACGUUGUUUCUGUUCGGCAUGUUUGAGGUCAUCAAUGGCAAGCGAGGCACAAGCACGAUUGACUUGCAAGAAAACGUAUUCCCCCAUGGGGCUGGAGGCUUGCAGUUGUUCAAGUUUCGGGCAGACCAUGGCUUGACAAACGAAGUCGACAAAGCCUGCUUCACCUUCUUCUGUCAUGCGGCAUUGAUGGAGAUGUUCAUACAACGAGACCACUUGACGCCUCUAUGGUCAAUGCUGGAAGAGGUAGAAACUCCGUGGGGCAAAGGUCCAGUUCUCGAGCCACUUGUCAGACAAGUGGUCGAUUUCAAGAGAGCCUUUGACUUCAAGGUGCAAGUCCAAGGUAACUUGACCAAGUUAACCGAAAGUCCCCCGGAGGAUUUGCUCGACCUAAUCCGAAACGGCAUCGAAUUGAGCAGCGAUCUUGAGGCAGCCGUCGCGUUCCUCGGUUUCUCUGGCGCUUCAACAUGUUCCGGGCAGCAGCAGAAGGUGUUCAACGGUCUGUUCUCACUGUCGUCUGAGUCAUCCGUUGCUAUCGCGCGAAGUCAUUAUCGUUCGCUUCGUGUAUACCUUCUAGAGAGGAUUAUCGAGUUACGGAACAUUCUAAAGGAGAGCAGCGGCAAAGUCGCCACUAGCUUAGGUCCUAUGCCGAGUUGGUCGGAUGGUGUCUCUGUCGUUGAAGACAUUCUCGAAGAUAUCCGAACAGUAUUCGGCCUAGAAGGGAAGAAAGAGGCGCCGACCGAGGGUAUUGCUUACAGAACCAUGACAAUGUUCUGGCCAAUGGUUAUGGUACGGACCUCAUGUUUCGCAGGUCCUCAUAAUGGUAGGUGGGUAGCAGAAAAGAUGCUGGAGUUAACCACGGAAUCGGGAUUUGGCCUUGGUGUGGAAGCUGCGAGUGCUUGAAGGCAUCGCAUCACAUCACCGAGGCGUUGCACUGUGGAGAUAGACUAUCGGUCAAGUUUAUCGGACUUUUUUCAAACCCUUUUCUGAAUGGCCUUCAGCUACAUGGAAAGGUAUUCGGAAAGUGGACAGAACGACUGGGAAUUUCACGAAGCUAGGAAAUCGGGCACAUGAGAAUGCAUGUAUGUUGGUCACGGACUCACGAGUCAUGGUCGGGAUAUGGGUCAGAAUUCCUCCCAUGGUGAUGGGGAAUUUACGAAUAAUUAAGAUACCAUUAAUGUUUCAGAAUGAGGGCAAGGAUGGGUACAUAUUGGGAACCUCGAGCUAUGGUGAUUAACAUAUCGAAGCGUGUUUUUGGGAGUCGUUGCAGGCAGUGAUUCAUCGUGAGUUGGUCGACAAUGGCCAUCGUGCUCUUGCGCUGCUUUCUUCGGGCAAGCCUCAGAC